GCCUCCAGAGUAUAAAACACCGGCGGCGCAGCGGAGCGCGGGACAGCCCGAGCCGCGCCGUGGGGCAGCGGCUGCAAGGGAGGAUGGAGGCCAGCAUGGACCUCCUGCAUCACAGGGGCAUCCAGGCGACGCACUGGCUGCAGGAGCACUUCCAGGGUUCCCAGGACUUGUUUCUCUUCAUCUCCUUCGCUGCUGACCUCAGGAAUGCUUUCUUUGUCCUCUUCCCUAUCUGGUUCCACCUCAGCGAGUCGGUGGGCAUCAGGCUCAUCUGGGUGGCCGUGAUCGGCGACUGGCUCAACCUCGUCUUCAAGUGGAUCCUCUUUGGGGAGAGACCGUACUGGUGGGUCCACGAGACGGAUUAUUACAGCAACACCUCUGCCCCAGAGAUCCAGCAGUUCCCGCUCACCUGUGAAACUGGCCCUGGGAGCCCCUCCGGCCACGCCAUGGGCGCAGCAGGCGUGUACUACGUCAUGGUGACAGCCCUGCUUUCUGCUGCCGCGGGGAAGAAGGGCUCGAGGACACUCAAAUACUGGGUGCUGUGGACGGUGCUCUGGACAGGGUUCUGGGCAGUUCAGGUCUGCGUCUGCCUGUCCCGAGUCUUCAUUGCUGCCCACUUCCCCCAUCAGGUCAUCGUGGGGGUCAUCUCAGGGGUGGCCGUGGCCAAGACCUUCCAGCACGUCCACUGCAUCUACCACGCCAGUCUCCGCUGGUACCUGGGCGUCACCUUCUUCCUCUUCAGCUUCGCCCUGGGCUUCUACCUGCUGCUGCGGACAGUCGGCGUGGACCUGCUCUGGACACUGGAGAAGGCGCAGACAUGGUGCGCCCACCCUGAGUGGGUCCACAUCGACACCACCCCCUUCGCCAGCCUCCUCCGCAACCUGGGCAUCCUCUUCGGGCUGGGGCUGGCCCUCAACUCCCACAUGUAUCUGGAAAGCUGCCGGGGGAAGCAGGAACGACGGCUGCCCUUCCGCCUAGGCUGCAUCGCCGCCUCCCUCCUCAUCCUACACCUCUUUGAUGCCUUCAAGCCACCCUCUCACAUGCAGCUGCUCUUCUACGCCCUCUCCUUCUGCAAGAGCGCUGCCGUGCCGCUGGCCACUGUUGGCCUCAUCCCCUACUGUGUCUCCCAGCUCCUGGCCACGCAGGACAAGAAGGCUGUCUAGGAGCAUCCCUGCAGGGGAUGGUGUUCCCGGGCAGGUGGUUGCCCCAGCUCUGGGCUUGGGGACACUCAUCAGACCAUGGCUGCACCCCAGCCUGCUGUUUGCCCCCCGUUAAAUCUGCACAGACUGACUCCACACCGGGAGUGGACCGCAACAGCUGGCAGUGCUGCCGGAUCGCUCCCGUGGCACUGACCCACAAUUCCAGUCGUGUAGUAGGAUCGGGCUGUCUGCGGCCAGCGGAUGGCCCAGGGAGUCCAGGGCUCUUCCAGUUGCUCUUCCCAUCCUUCUCCUCCUCAGCUCCGGACCAGGCAGCAGCAAAGGGAAGCCCCUGCACUCCCCUGCAGCGCUGGAGACAGCAGGGUGCUCACUCUUGGGUGUUGGGGGGCUGCUGGCGAGGUGCCUCUGUUACAGGAACGGGCAGACACUGUGAUUUGGAGAUAAAACACGGAGCUUGCGGGAGCUCCUCCAACCCGAGGUGCUCAGUGGUCACUGCCGCGUGAUGCAGCACACGGUACACAGCCGCAUCUGUGUGUAUACGUAUAUAACACAUAUCUAUAUGUACAUAUACCUGUGCGUGUGUCUGUAAAGAAGAGGGAUUUUAUUAAAGCCAAAGGUGUGUUUGG